AUGGCUGAGGAAGAUGGGGCUAACGGUAGGGAUUUGAAUUAUUUCAGUAAUAAAACAAAAGGGAAGGGUUCCGAGUCGAAUGACAGUGGUGAGGAAAACGAAGAAGCCGCUAUCGCCUUGGACAUCGGUCUCGGCAACAAUAAUCAACCCAAAAGUAGGAAUCUACCAGUGGAAGGGGCAUACAAUGCAGCCUGUAGUGGCAGUGAUACGAUCAGGAGGGAGGAAAACCCAUUUUCGUUAAAACACUUUUUGAGCCGUGAGUCACAUGGUGGUGCUCGGCCUAAAGUUUACCCCACUCCUACACCUCCGCCUUCUCCCUCUCCGAGGUUGAUGUCAGGGUCAGAAGUGACUUCUGGUCUUCCUGAUUUCGUACAAGACCAUCUGGUCAUCGAGCAAUGCUAUCUGGGUCAGGGACUGGCUCAGCAGCAUUUGUCUGUCGACUUGGAUAGCAUUUCUCAAUUCGCUGGAUUUCCUGGUCACAACUACAGUCCUGGACAGGAUCUUCCAUUCGAUUUGACAUCUCGCCCUGAUUUAGGGCAACAACCUGAAGUCGGAACGUCUAAAAGUCUUCCUGAUUUUCUUUCUGAUGGACCUAUUAGAAAUGAAAGAGGGCAGCCUUCUCCUCCUCCAUCUAUAAGCCCCGAAGGUCGUAUCAGUCUGCUACAAAUUGAAAAUGAAAGGCUGAAGAGAGCAUUGGAUGUUUUAAGAAGACAACUGAGUGAUCAAAUAGUGAGAUCUGAAACACUGGAAAACGAGUUAGGUUUAUUGAAAGAAAGGGAUCGGUCUGGUUUGGAAAGUUUAAUCGAGCAAUUAGAAGACAAUUUGAGAAGAACUAGGAAAAGAGCUGAUGAUGCAGAAAACAGAGCUAGUAAAUUAAAGGUAGAAAACAACGCCCUUAGGUGCGAACUUGAAACAUUUAGAAGUGCGAGGGGCGGUCGAGGAGAAAGUGCUGCUUCUUCUUCUGCGCAACAGACUGAUAAUGAGCGGCUAGCAAGCCAGUUAAGGAAUGCUGCUAAUAACGCAGAACUUUCUUUAAGGCACUUGUUGAUCGGAGUUGAUAAUCUUAGAAUAUUGGCUGCAAGUAUCGAAACGCAACCGCAGCAGCCUAUAGGACUGAGAGUAUCAUCUAGUGAAGAUAGCCAGGAUGAUGAGCCUGGUCCAGCUUUAUAGGUAACCUUUUUAUAUUUUGUCAAUUUUACAGGAUUUUAAAGGUUAAGGAUAUGGUAUGGUGGCCGAGCAUAUUUUGAGGUGCAACCUCCCUUCAAACCUGGUCUGUGGAAUGGUUGUUUUUAUUUUAUCUCAGACCCAAGUAAUAAUAUGUCAAAUUUCUCAUUUUUACAAAGUAGGUGUGUUACAGUUUAAUUGUAAGUUGUUUUUUAAAUGCAAAUAAACAAAUGUUUUUUAUAACUAAUUACAAUGAAUCAGUUUACUGCUGUGAUUAUAACAGUAGCUAUCAACUUGUCUCUGCUCAAUGCCUGAGAUAUGACACUUGUAAUGGCUAACUUCAAUGUUGUUAAACUUCAUGUUGAGAACAUGACUCCAUUUUAGCGAUAUGAUUCAGAAGUAUAAAAUUAAUUAAAAUAAUAAAAAAAUGAUUAAGACAUUUCUGGUUCACUUAUAUUUAAAACAAAGUCUUUCAUUUUCGGGUCAAAGGGAAGAAGUGAUAGAUCAAACUAGUAAAUUGGAAUGAUGUCAGAUUGAUAAAUAAAAGUUUUACAUUAUUUUUUUUACAAUAUAUUCAUCAAUAAACUUUACUUUGGUUUUUUUUUCUUAAUAUUAUUUAUUCUUGUCUCCAAUGGUUAUUAAUCAUUUUCAAGGAAAAUAUUAUUAUAAUAGAAAAUCAUUCGGGCUUAUCAUUGCCUUCCUCUUUUUUGUUUUCGUUUACUUAAAACAAAAUAAGUAAAUGAAGCAAAAAUGAUCUAGACAAAUUAGGCCAACUGAUUAUUAAUUAUAAUAAGUUCUUGAAAAUGGUCUAGUGGGCCAAAAAGUUGGAGAUGAGAUUAAAGAAUGUUAAAAAAAAAGAAUAUUUAGUUAAAUUAACAGGAAUCAACUAUAAAUAUAGUUACAAGAAUCAAAAUAUAAAUAUAUUUAGAUUUUUAAUAACACUUCAGAAUUUGGUCCCAAAAGUUUCACAAAAUGUGAGUACAGCUUCAAUUUAUUUUGUUAAAUUUUUAAAAUUUAUUAUCUUAGUUUCUUCUCACAUAUUUUCUUUAUAUAUUUUUAUAUCUGAUAUUUUUUUCCCCCAUAAAAAUUAUUAUACCAAAUCCAGUUUCAGUAGUUGAGGGAAAGAAAAAUUGUCAACCAUUUUCCGACUCAUUUUAUUCUUUAACAUUCAAAAUAAUAUCGAAUGAAAAUCAUUAAAAAAUAAGUUAGUUUCUUUUGAAAACAGGUAAUAACAGCCCAAAAGAUCAACAAUAAAGAAUGGUAAAAAAAUAAUAUGAAGAUCUUAUUAAUCCUUCAUACAAAAAUUUGCAAUAAUCUAAGAUAUUGAAGGUUACCAUA